AUGCAACUCAGCGUACGCAUUUCGAAAGUAGUCGAUUUUACAAGGGAAGAAGAAAAAUUGUUGAAGUUGGCAGCGCUUCACCUGUUUGCACCCUUUUGCACUUAGCGGUCAAAUCAAAUUUUUGUUUACUAUUAUGCACAUGCAUUUGUCGCACUUUUUACUUCUUUAUCUUGUGCUGCACAUUUCUAAUUUAAAAAGUAGGACUCGAUUUGAACACAGGCGAAUAUGGAAAAUAUUGAAUUCGACGCGAGGUUGCUGAAGUCGAUUAAAAUUGCAAUUAAACGUAGCGAUUUGCAAACAAAUGAUUCCUCCAACCAGACAAUUGCGACAAUUAUCAAACGGGAUCUGCUCGAACCAGAAUCAUUGAAUAUCAAUUUCUGCUCUACAAAUCGAUUGCCAAUGUUCUCCAGGUGUGAUAUCAAGGAGAACACUGUUAAAUUGGAAGAUGACAUAGUACUCGGACAAAAGUCCAGUGAGAUAUUUCCGAGCUUCUAUAAUCGUGCUCCAUCUUUGGAUUCUGAAUGUGUGAGCAGAUCAAGGGAAUCGAAUAAUCGACGAUCAAAGAGAGAUCGUUCAGAGAGUAGAGAAAAAAGUUCUUCUCCGAGAGGUCGGCACAAAUCGAGAAGACAUAAUAGUAGACAGGUCAGAUCAAGGGAAUCGAAUAAUCAAGAUGACAUAGUACUCGGACAAAAGUCUAGUGAGAUAUUUCCGAGCUUCUAUAAUCGUGCUCCAUCUUUGGAUUCUGAAUGUGUGAGCAGAUCAAGGGAAUCGAAUAAUCGACGUUCAAAGAGAGAUCGUUCAGAGAGUAGAGAAAAAAGUUCUUCUCCGAGAGGUCGGCACAAAUCGAGAAGACGUAAUAGUAGGCGGGUCAGAUCAAGGGAAUCGAAUAAUCAAGAUGACAUAGUACUCGGUCAAAAGUCUAGUCAGAUAUUUCCGAGCUUCUAUAAUCGUGCUCCAUCUUUGGAUUCUGAAUGUGUGAGCAGAUCAAGGAAAUCGAAUAAUCGACGUUCAAAGAGAGAUCGUUCAGAGAGUAGAGAAAAAAGUUCUUCUCCGAGAGGUCAGCACAAAUCGAGAAGACGUAAUAGAAGGCGGGUUAGGAGCAAGUCUCGUUCGCAAGAUAGAAGAAGCCGCAACGAUUACAAUCCUAAUACGAGGUAUCAGAGGAGACGAUCUCGAACGCCACCAAAUAAUUACGAAACGUACACAAGGACAUCUCCACCACAAGAGUACAUACCGAAAGCUCAAUAUACAGGAUAUUACAAACCAACAUACGGCGAAUUUCCAUCACCGGAAUACAUGUACAACAUAUCUUACGAUCAAAUGAUGAUGCCGAACAUCCAAUACGUCGCUGUACAGCUGCCACCGCAAGACGAGUCUUCAAUGUAAUGACAGUUAGGAAGAAGCGAAGAAGAAAAAAACUACGAUGAGAGAAAUGAUUUUAAUUUAACUUAAUUAAGGCAUGUAAAUAUA